AUGGUCUCCUUCACCACCCUCCUCGUCGCCGCCACGGCCGCCCUCGUCUCGGCCAACCCGGUCCCGCCCUCCAUUGACGAGAUGCGCGAGAUUUACAUGAAGUCGCGCGAUCUCCAGGCCCGCGGCGGCACGCCCAGCGCCACGGGGACUCACGACGGCUUCUACUACUCCUGGUGGACCGACAACAACGCCCAGGCCACGUACACCAACAACGCCGGAGGGAGCUACAGCAUUACGUGGUCGGGCAACGGCAACCUCGUGGGAGGCAAGGGAUGGAACCCUGGAAGUGCUCGCAACGUCACCUACUCCGCCGACUACCGCCCGAACGGCAACUCGUACCUGUCCGUCUACGGCUGGACGCGCAACCCGCUCGUCGAGUACUACGUGGUGGAGAACUUUGGCACGUACGACCCGUCGUCGCAGGCGUCGCGCAAGGGCACCAUCAACGUCGACGGCGCCACGUACCAGGUCGCCCAGUCGACGCGCACCAACCAGCCGUCCAUCGACGGCACCCGCACCUUUCAGCAGUACUGGUCCGUCCGCCAGCAGAAGCGGUCCUCGGGCACCGUCGACAUGAAGAAGCACUUUGACGCCUGGGCCUCCAUGGGCAUGAAGCUCGGCACCCACGACUACCAGAUCGUCGCCACCGAGGGCUACUUUAGCAGCGGCUCCUCGACCGUCACCAUCCAGCGGUAG